AUGCAGGUGCCUCUAAGACUUUAUUCCUUGGAUGAAUUGAGGCUGAAUGGAAUUGAAGCAUCGUCUCUUUUGUCACCAGUGGAUGCAACACUUGGUUCAAUAGAAAGAAACCUACAACUUGCUGCCGCUCUAGGAGGGCCUGCUGCCUGGAAUGUGCUUGGCUUUAGCCCACAACAAGUUCUAUAUUUUUUUCUAGGGCUGCUGUUUCUAUGGACACUGGAUUCAGUCUCUUUUGAUGGAGGUGUUGGUAGCUUGGUUCUUGAUACAAUUGGGCACAAAUUUAGUCAGAAGUACCACAAUAGGGUUGUUCAACAUGAAGCUGGGCAUUUCUUAAUCGCUUACUUAAUGGGCAUUCUUCCCAAAGGAUACACACUAACUAGUUUGGAAGCUUUGAAGAAGGAAGGAUCUCUAAAUGUUCAAGCUGGGACCGCUUUUGUGGAUUUUGAAUUUGUUGAAGAAGUUUCAUUUCAUGUUCCUUCACAACUAAAGGCACCUGAUGAUGCCAUGGCUCUGCUGCUUUUAUCCAGAACCAAUUGCUAUGAAUCGGAUCUGACUUUGUAGCAGAGCUCAAAGCUCUUUUGGGUCUUGUCACAAGUUGACUUGAGGGAGUU